AUGGAAAUCAUGGACGCUCAGCUUGCCCUGGAGGCCGUGGAGAGACUGCAAGCCAAACUGAAGGAGCGAGGAGAUGCCCCCACGCAGGAGAAACUCUCCCUGCUGAAGACGGUGCUGCAGAGCCCCCUGUUCCAUCAUAUACUCAGCUUACAGCAAGCUCAGCGGAAGCCCCCGGCCAAAUCCUACCAGGGGAAGAUUUCCAAAUCCGUGUCCAUGAACUGUGGCCCCUGCCAGGGCGUGGCGCUGGACCUGAAGACGCUGAGUCACAGCGACUCCUACACAUGGGCCAUGGAGAACCGAGGGACCAGCACCACCAGAUCCAUCUACAGGGACGGCAGCUCCUACUCCCUAGGCUCGCAGGAUCUGUCCUUCUCGGACAUCUACCCGGACAACUGCGUUCCCACUGAAUCGCAAUACUGCACCCCACCUCGAAUCUCCCGCACCAUGUCGAUGGGGAGAAACCUGUCUGCCAUUGCUCACGAGAGGCGUCAUGUGGAGAUGAUAGAGCUGAUUAACGACGGGAAAGGGCUGGGUUUUGGCAUCAUAGGAGGGCGGAGCACAGGUGUCAUGGUCAAAACCAUACUUCCUGGCGGAGCUGCCGGACGGGAUAAGCGCCUGCGUAGCGGUGAUCAAAUCCUGCGCAUCGGAGAUACGGAUCUGGCGGGCAUGAACAGCGAGCAGGUGGCACAGGUGCUGCGAAAUGCUGGUACCAAGGUGAAACUGCUCAUCGCCAGGGAUGUUACCAAGGACAACCACCUUUCAUCUCCUGUCCUCAGCCAAGACAGCUUGGACGGCAAGCUCAAUGACUUGAUUGACGACUAUGAGUUCAGCGUGCAGUUCACUAAGAACAGUCGGGGCCUGGGAUUCACCAUUUCCAGCUACAUAGGUGACCUAAACUCAGUCUACAGCGCCGGUGUGAUAGUGAAGAGCAUAGUGAAAGGCAGCACCGUGGACCAAGAUGGACGCAUCAACGUCGGAGACAUCGUCCUCUCUGUGGACGAGGCCAGCCUGCAGGGCUGCAGCGAGCAGCGCGCCAUGGAGGUGCUGAGGAGGACGGGCCCCCUGGUCCGACUGAGGCUGCUGAGGAAGGCUGUCCGUCUGAGUCACAUCCUGCCCCCGGUGCCUCCGCUGCACCCCCUCCGACACUCCCACAGCUUCCACGAAGGCAAUCCCUACAGACUGGGCCUCAACAGGAUUCAAGAGACAGGAAUCUGCUCCCUGCGUGAAAUCUCCCGGAGAGCGGCAUACGCCAAUGGACGUCCCCGACACGGCUGCAGAAACGGUUUGAAACUGUCACCGGCUGAGGAGGAGGACCUGAGGAAGAGGUGGCAGCAUGCAGUCGGACAGCGAUAUGAAGUCAUUGUGUGUCAGCUGGAGCGGUUCAGUGAGACGAGCGGCCUCGGCAUCAGUCUGGAGGCCCGGGCGGGGCAUCACUACCUGUGCUCCGUCUUACCCGAGGGCCCCGUUGGCCAAAGUGGCAUUAUCUUUACUGGAGACCAGAUAUUGGAGGUGAAUGGGAUUCCUCUCAUUGGAGAGACGCACAAGGAGGUGGUCAAUAUUCUGAAGGAGCUACCGAAGCACGUCUGCCUGGUGUGCUCGCACAUUGUACCCCCCACGAUUCCCGACAGCGAUGAGGAAGAGGAGGACGACGCCCAUCUCACCCUGAAAGAGCUGCUGGCCGAGUUCAACGACAAGUUGGACCAGGGUUGUGUCAUUCCCUGUCCCACGGCCGAGGACAUCACCAAGCGCGGCGUGCCCCCCAUGUCGCCCCCUCUGGCCAUGUGGGAGAGAGACGCUCAGGUGGUCGAGCUGGAGAAAGGCGAGUUGGGACUGGGCUUCAGCAUCCUGGACUACCAGGAUCCUGAAGAUGUCACCAAAACAGUUCUGGUAAUCCGGUCCUUGGUGCCCGGCGGUGUAGCGGAUCGAGACGGUCGCCUGCUGCCUGGUGACCGGCUCAUGUUCGUCAACGAGUGUGACUUGGAGUGCUCCAGCCUGGAUUACGCCGUGCACGUCCUGAAGUCCACCGGCUACGGCCCUGUGCACAUUGGAGUUGCCAAACCACUGCCGCUGGAACUGUGCGGCGGCUUGACGCCGAUCUCAGAGAGGAGCCUGCGAGCUUCCUACGAUGACACCGAUAGCCACACUCAGAUCAGCCUGCUAGCCGAGGCAGCGGAGGCUAACGCCAACACCCGCAACUUCGAGGACAACAGCGUCACCCAGCCGUGUUACAUUUCAACGGAGAACCGGCUGCGGCAUCGCUUCAGCAACAUGGAGGACGACUACAGGCAGCGGGCGCCACCUCUGCCCCCCCGCACCAGCUUUGAGAGGACAAUCACUGUUGUCCGGGGCAACCGUAGCCUUGGGAUGUCGGUGAGCGCUAUCACGGACGGCUCAGGCAUGCUGGUGCGCAGCGUGGUCCAGGGGGGCUCUGUGAGCCAGGAUGGCAGGCUGGGGGUGGGGGACGCCAUCUUGGCCAUCAACGGAGAGCCUACCUCCAAUCUGACCAACGCCAGGGCCAGAGCCGCGCUCCGCAGACACUCCGUCGUAGGGCCGGAGAUAAGCAUAAUUUAUGUCCCGGCCCAUCAAGUGGAUCAGUACCGUACCCGUCUGUGUUUACCCCCUCUGGACUCCAUCGCAGUAGACAGCGCCUCUUCCACACCGACCCCGCUGACCCCUUUCCCGGAGCCCGCCUCGGCCUCGGCCUCGGCCUCGGCCCCGGCCAGACCUCCCGGCCCGGUCAGAGCCGCGGCUCCGGCUCCGGCUCCGGCUCCGGCCGCCCUCAAACCCGUCGCCUCGGUCAAAUUCAAAGCCGCAGCUCCGGAUCCUGCAGCAGUCAGAGCCGCCGCUUCCUCCAAAGCUCCAUUCAGAGGCCCGUUCGGAGUCCCUACUUUCACCCCGGCCCCAGACUCAAGUUGGCAGAUUCCGAAAUCUCUCCCUCCCAAGAAUUAUGAGGAGGAGGGGGAGAUGGUGGAGGAGAAAAAGGAGAAGACCGGGGCAGACGUGAAGGAGCCACAGCUGGAGCUGGAGGUAAAGGUGGACGGAGAGGCGGAGCUUGGCGCUCACGCCUCCGUUUCUUGGGAUCAACCGAGAAGCGUGCGGCUGACGCGAGCCCCGGGCCAGUCCCUGGGCCUCAGCAUCAUGGGAGGCAGAGGCAUGGGCCGGAGACUGAGCACCGGAGAGAUGAUGAGGGGCGUCUUCGUCAAGGACAUCAGCCCCGGCAGCCCGGCAGCACAAAAUGGCACUCUUCGGACCGGAGACAGGAUACUAGAGGUGUGCGGCGUGGACCUCAGCGACGCCAGCCACGAGCAGGCGGUGGAGGCCAUCCGGAGUGCUGGAGACUCCGUGCUCUUCCUGGUCCAGUCUGGACAACACAGAUCUCAGUCCCCGAUGCUCGCCAACCACGAGAGGCCGACUCCGACGACCCGGUGCAACUCGCACAGCGGCAAGGAAGCAGAGACUCUCAGUCUGUUCCUUACCCUCUCCCCUACAAACCCCUUCACUCCCACCCCCUUUAAGGUGCCUUCGUCGGCGUCCGACGGAACGGAUCGGAGGAGCGUCGCGGCACCGGUCGCGGCGGCGGCGGCUGACAGCGAUGGCGAUACCGGCAGGAAAAAGAUGCUCCAGCGUUACGGCAGCCUGUCCGGGAAGCUCCACAUGAUCGAGCUGGAGAAGGACCCCGCGGCCCGCGGCCUGGGGAUCGGCCUCUCGGGCAACAAGGACGGCUCCAGGGCUCGCAUGAGCGUCCACGUGGCGCACAUAGAGCCCCGGGGACCCGCCGGUUUGGACGGGAGGAUACGGGUCGGGGACGAGCUGCUGGAGAUCAACGGUCAGAUCUUGUACGGCCGGAGUCACCAAAACGUCUCCACCAUCAUCAACAACGCUCCGUCUAAAGUCAAGAUCAUCCUCAUCAGGAAUGUAGCGGACCCGGGUCAGACGGGGAGGAGCGAGGACGCGGUCGACUCCCGGACGGACGCAGCAGAGCGCGGGGGAUUAGCCAGAGACCUCCAACACCGCAUCCCACCUCAGGAUCACGCAGGUCUCGGCCUGGCAGCGGGGGAGUCCAAGGACGCAGCGGUGGUCCGGCACGGCCCAGCCAGCAAGGAUGGCAGGAAACAGCUCGGAGACAGAAUCAUAGCAGUGGGUGAUGAACCUGUGGCAGGCCUGUCGUUGGACAAGGUGUCCAGUUUGAUUCUGGAACAGCGGGUCACCGUCGAUCUCUCCGUCAGCCGCUCCAACAGUCCCUCCUCCUCCCCCUCCUCUCCACCUCUUUCCCGUCCCCACUCUCUCCCCGUGCCCUCCACUCCCCCGUCGCUCAAUACCUCUGCCGCCGGGCCCUCUGAUUGGCUCGGCUCGGCUCCCACGACGUCGGACCCCCUGAUUGGCCCACUUGUGGCCGGCGGGGAGACCACCAUAGAGUUUUGCAAAGGAAACGUAGGCCUGGGCCUCAGCAUCGUCGGAGGAUGUGACACCCUGCUGGGGGCAGUAAUAAUCCAUGAAGUAAACGAUGGCGGAGCAGCACAGAGAGAUGGGAGGCUGCAGGCUGGAGACCACAUAUUGGAGGUCAACGGCAUCGACCUGCGGCAGGCCACCCACGACGAGGCCAUCGGCGUGCUGCGGCUCACCACCCGGCGCGUUCGCAUGUGCGUCUUCAGGCACCAGGAGGCCUACAGGGAGGAGGACCUGUGGGACGUCUUCACCCUGGAGCUGAGGCCACGCCCUGGGGAGGGGCUGGGGUUCGCCACUGUGGGCAAGAGUAAUGACACGGGCAUCUUUGUGUCAGAUCUCAUCAGAGGAGGCGUAGCGGAUUCGGAUGGCAGGUUGUUGCUCGGCGACCAGAUUCUGUCAAUCAACGGGGAGGAUCUCCGCGCGGCAUCGCAGGAACACGCGCACCAGCUUCUGCAGGGUUGCAGCGGAGCGGUCCAGCUGGAGGUGGCUCGUUUUAAAGCUGGGCUGCAGUACUCACAGCAGAGCCAGGAGUACUUUAAGUUGUGUUUUAUCCAGAGCGAAGACUCCGACUGCUCCACUCUGACCCAUUCAAGCGGCUGCGAUGCUUCGCUCGGCCACCAGAGGGAGACAAAUAACAAGACAGGGAGCUACUCAUUUAAAGACUACCCUGACGCCAAACAAGUCAUAAUACAAAAGGGGCCAUGUGACUCUCUGGACCUCAGUGUAGCAGGAGGAGCGGGCAGUCCCCAUGACAACGUGCCUCUUUUUAUUGCUACCAUGGAUACGGAUGGACUGGCUGCCAAAACGCACCAAUUACAGGCAGGAGACAGGAUCCUCAGUAUCAACAGGAUAUCAGGUAGUGAUAGUGUCAGAAUGUGUGUGUGUGUGUGUGUGUGUGUGUGUGUCUAGGUGGCAGCUGGUUCUGGUGGGUGGAGCACAAAGGACCACAACGAUGUACGCUCGCCGUCGUCAGGCCAACCGAGCAGCUUCCACAACCACCUCUGCGCUCGCACUUAUAAGACCGUCACCCUGGAGAGGGGCUCCUCGGGCCUGGGCUUCAGCAUCGUGGGGGGGUUCAGCAGCCCUCACGGGGACCUGCCGAUCUACAUCAAAACGGUCUUCAACAAGGGGGCGGCCGUGGAGGACGGCCGGCUGAAGCGCGGAGACCAGAUCAUCGCCGUAAACGGACACUGCCUGGAGGGCGUGACUCACGGCGAGGCCGUGGACAUCCUCAAGAAGACCAGGGGGUCCGUGGUGCUGACGGUGCUCUCUUGA